AUGGAUUCAUUAACGAUUAUUUUGACGACCAUCAUACUGCAAAAGCUCACGAAUGCGUUGGACGCGGCGGCCACCGUGUGCGAUAACGACAUGGCCUGCAAAUGCGCCAACAACACCGUGUCGUGCACGGCAUUACAACAAGAUGGAGCGUUCAUUCUCCCGUACGGCACACAAGUCGUACGUUUCGACGACGUUCCUAUCGCGGUCGUCAACAACAGCACGUUCGAAAACGGCAAACCACUGCGAGAAAUCACAUGGGUGGCGAGCAAGAUAAAAUUAGUGGAGGCAUUGUAUCACAGUGAUCUUAAGCACUUAGAUUUAUCUAGAAACGAUAUUUUUAAACUGUCGGAUGAUGCAUUCCACAACUGUCUUCGUUUAGAGUACAUAGACCUGUCUGACAAUCAACUGAAUAUUUUAUCGGACAACUUAUUUAUACACGCUAGCUCACUGGCAACGGUCAACUUGGAGAAAAAUCGUUUUAGUUCAAUAUCAGAAAAUUUGUUCAAACACACUAUCAAUUUGAAAAACCUCAGUAUAGGCAAUCCAAAUUUAUCUUUACUAGAUACAAAUUCAAUGACAAACUUGCACAAACUGGAAUACCUUAGUAUUCAAAAUUGCGGAAUAAGAAAUCUCAAUCAAAGUUCCUUCGGUGAACACAAUAUGUAUCUGUAUAGUGUUAUACUAAAUAACUGUACACAUUUAACAUCGAUUGACGACAAUUUCAUCAGUUCUUCGCCAAACAUUAAAAUUAUAGAAAUUAACGACUGUGGUACAAUUGAUUUCUUACCACCUAGCAUUGUUUCUCUAAAGAACCUACAACAUCUACGAAUGUCAAAUACAGAACUUCAACCAAAUUGUCAAAAUGGAUGGUUUAGCCAAUGGUUCAACAAUGAAACGACUACUGUAGUUGGUUAUGAAAAGUAUUCAAAUUUUAUUGAAUCACUGAAUGAAAUUAACUGCCCGCCAAAUAUAUACUAUACAAACAGUCCUAUUACGUUACAGUUAACCAAAAGAGGAAUCAUUAACUGCAUGGCUUAUGGAAAUCCACUUCCGGCAAUUACUUGGUUAGUGCCAGGCGGAUUAACAUUUCACGAAAAUAAACAAGCCGAUAUAAAUAUAUCACACCAUCCAAACGUCCAUAACUGGGAUCUAAAUCAAAUAGUUAGUCAAUCACUUUUAACUGACAAAAAUGGAUCUUUACAUAUUCUACGAAUGCUAAGAACCCAUAUUGGUAAUUAUACUUGCUAUGUAUCAAACAAAUAUGGAAACAGUUCUAAACUAGUGGAAGUGCAUCUAGACAGUGAAGUAUUUUUCAGUAUCAAAAUAAAUGCACUGUUAUUAGGAAUAUCGUCAGCAUUAGGAUUUUUAGUGCUAACUAUACUAUGUUGUGCUUUCAAGCUACUAUUAAUAAGACUGAAUUGUAUAAAAAAACGGAGUCAACAGACAGAAACAGAAAUGGGAUCUACAGAAAAACCAAAAAUUUUUCCAGCAGAUGUUUAG